AUGGCAAAUCACUCGCCUCAACCAGUGGCAUCUUACGAGGAGAGUCCGGACUACGAAGUCACUCUUCGGCUACGACCUGGAGCGACGGUAGCAGCUGGAGAAGAGGUCACCAUCACUUACGGCGAGAACAAGUCAGCAGCUGAGAUUCUCUUCAGCUACGGCUUCAUCGAUGUGGAGGGUGCCAAGAGAGAGCUUGUCCUACCUCUCACAACCUUUGAAGACGACCCUCUAAUUCAAGCCAAACUACACAGCUUCAAGAAGCCUCCAAUGGCCAACUUUUCAUUGCAGGAUGGCCAGGGCUCGUGGAAGAGUCCGUUUGCCUAUUACAUGUGCCUCAAUGAGGAGGACGGUCUCGAGUUCCGGGUCUUACAAGACCUGGAAGGGGGCCGGCAACUCAAGGUAUUCUGGCAGGACGAGGACGUCACUGAUCGUGUUGAGUCGUUCGAUCUGCUCAUCGACAGUCAUGACCUAAGCCAAAUCUUUAGGUUAAGGGUGGUCACCGUCAUGGAAGAACUCGUCUCCAACCACCUAGAGCGCAUGGGAUCUACAAACUCUCCAGAGGAAGAGGAGCUUCUGCGUAGCAUCCACGGGGAGCCUAGAGCCGACUGUAUUGCCAUGGCUGAUACGCUUCGGGGUAUCGAGUACACCAUCCUUGAGAGUGUGCUCCAAUGCCUCCACGAACAGAAAGAAACUCUCCUUGCAGAUGACUCCGUGAGAGCAUAUCUCGGAUCGAUGGAGGAUGCCCAAAAUGAACAAGCACCCCAAGCGACGGCCAAUGAGGAACCCGACUUUAGUUGA